GGGAGCAAACUGCAUUUUUGAGAUGAAAGGAGGUAAUCGUGAAAAGACAUCCUUUUGCUACAACAGUGAAGAGAGAAGACUGAGAGAAGAGUGCUCCCCGCCCCCGCCCCAGCCAGGUUUCAUGUGCUGUUUUGUCAUGUCAUGUGCUACUGCGCCUUUGAGGAAAUCUCUUCAGAAGUCUCUGCGCAUGUGUGGUUCCACGUGGGACGCACAGAAGACACAGCAAUGGGCACUGAUUCCCGUGAGGCCUGGCAAUACAUCCCAUUGGCAACGCUGAUACUCUUCAGUUGCUGGUUUCAUACCAAACAGCACUCACAACCAUCUGGAGUAGCCUGGAGUCCAAAAGGAAAAUAUUCAGGCCCUCCCCUUGGUGAAGAAAACAGAGAUGUCAAGGGUGAAGUGAGCAAGGCAGACGGAUGGGUUGUCGAUUCUGACCUACCGACUGAAUGUGGCCCACAGAAACUAACAAAGAGAUCUAGCACUUUUGAUGCCUCCUGGCUCAGAGGCCUGGAAAACAGAGAAACCAACUGCCAGAUUUUCCCAAUAACCACUGCAGUGCCACGAAUCACUCCACCAAGAGUGUCAGCCACAACUCCGCACGUAAAAGCAGCGUCGCCCGAGGAAGGACCCCGCCGGCUCUUCUAUUUUGUGCCCUAUUACCCACAGAGGCAACGAGCCUUCUAUAAUGUUUUCUUUCCUCUCAAUAGAGGUGCCAGUGGCUAUAAUACUAUCUGGUACUACAAAUCUCCAAGAGAGGAUUCCUCUGAAGAAAAAAGAAGGAAAAGGGACACAAUUCCAACCAGCCAGAAAAGGAGCAAGGCCUUCCUGGGGGGGUGAGAAGGGAACUUCUGGGACUCGUAUUUCUUUCUUUAUUUCAGCUGUUAGCACAAGACCAAAUAACAGCUUCAUGCAAAAGAUUGCAACGCCUGGAGUUUACCUACAAGUUUUGUAAAUCAAAACCUAAGAACUGCUUGUGAACAGUUCAAGUUACGAGGAAAUCUCUUUCUGGUGGUCAGGCUGCUGUUGGGGACGUUUGGGUAGGCUGAGCUCUGUUGCCUCUCCUGGAAGACAAAACACAUUGGCUUGGUUACAGUCCUAGACUGCUCAUGCCCCCCAGUGCACGGAUGAAGCCUCUUGGGCCAGAAGCAGAGCGGCUUCUUCUUGCUUGCGUGCGGAACCUCACAGCGCUCCGCUGCUCAAAAUCUGGCCAGCUUGCAGCUAACAAGGAAUCUGUUGAAACCAAAGUUUCCCUACCUUUUUUCUAUAGAGGAACCCCUAAAUUAAUUCUUCAAAUUCCAAGGAGCCCCUAUCUAUAGAAACAUUUACAGGCCAGAAAAAGUUGAUGGCAGGAAACACAAUUCAAUUCCUGUUAAAUUGUUGUCAUUUUUUAUUGUCUAUGCUUUGCCACAAUGCAAAACAAACACAGAUGCAAUAGACUAAAUAUAACCUUAAUAAAUGUGAUAUGUCAAAGAAUAUUUGGACGUUUUCAUGGUAUUUCAAAAUUUUUAUCUAUUCCACGAUUUCUUGCAGAAUCCCCGACGAUGUCCCUGGUUGGGAAACUCUGGUUUAAACAAACUAACACACACACACACACACACACACACACACACAAUGAGGCUGGCACACAACUUUUAUCUCCGUGUCUCAGAUUGGGAGAGUUCAGCUAAAUGUGCCAGGAUGAUCUCGCGUCAUGAUUUCCCCAAGUCUUCAGUUUACUAGUUAAGGUCAACAGAAGAACAAGCAGCCAUUCGAAAGAGAUGCUCGGCUGC